GAGGCCACCGCGGUGCUGAGCGCCCGUCGUGCCGAGGAGGUGACGCAGGAGGGGCUGAGCCGCGCGCUGGCAAAGCUGGCCCCCGCCGCAGCCCCCACCGCCAGGAGGACCCCCCCGGCGGACAGCGAGGAGCUGGUGGGCACCAACUACCGUAAGACCAACCCGGCGCUGGAGAUCCGCCGCACCAAGCGGGACUCCUUCUGGGCGCAGGCGGAGCGCGAGGAGGAGCAGCGGAAGGAGGAGGAGCGGCGCCGGGCGCUGGAGGAGCGCAGGAGAUGGGAGCGGGAGCGCAUGGAGGAGGAGCGCAGGGACGCGGCGGAGCGCGAGCGGCGCUGCAGGGAGAAGGAGCAGCGCAUCGAGGAGCAGCGGAAGGAGCAGGCGCGGCUGGAGGCGGAGGAGCGCAGGAAGGAGCAGGAGCGAUGGGAGCAGCAGCAGCGCGAGCACGAGGCAGCAAUGCGGGAUCGCUUCCGGCGCAGCGAAUCCAUUGAGAAGGCGGCGGAGGCGGCCGUGCUGGUGGCGCAGCGGACGCAGAACCCGCGGGAGUUCUUCCGGCAGCGGGAACGCGCGGGAUCCACCUCGGGCAGCAGCUCGGGCACCGUGCUGCCCACCGGGCCCCUGGGCACGCGGCCCGGUGCCCGCCGCCCCUUCCUGCGGUACCAGCGCAGCCUGACCGAGUCCGCCUUCAUCUUCCGCCGCCCGGAGACCCCCACUUCACCCGCAGCCCCCGAUCCCGGCGCCUUCCAGGCU